AGAUUAUUAUAAUUAAAUUUGGAACUAAGCAUACGUCAUUACAAAAAAGAAAUAAUUAGGUGAUUAUCUUUGACAAGUUUCAAUGACUUCAGUUAAGCUAAGGAAUUUAAAUCAGCUAAAUAGUUUAAAAGAAAAGUGUUGCGUUUGAUUCAGUAGGAAAUUUCAUCGACUAUAAGACGAAAGAUAUCUUAUCAUUUCGCUCAAACAUUUCUUCAAUGAAAUGUUUAUUCAAACUGAAGAAACAUCUCUCACUGAUCACGUCCACGAGAAACACAUUCAUUUGUAUCUCAUUAUAGCAGAUUUCUUUUCUCAAUUUUUACAAAUUUUUCUCAAAAGCAAAUAUUUUGUUCAUUAAGUGAUCGUUUGCUAUAAGAUUCGGUUGUUCAAAAACAAUUAAGCUUUAAGUUUAGAUGAUUAAUGAUUAAUAAUAAUUUAAAGAAAUGUUUGAAAAUUUAAUUUUUCUGUCUUUUGUGAUAUUAUCAACAACUUCGAUCAUUGUGAGUAUUAAGAUAAGAAAUUUCUCAUCAUAACUUUGUAAGACAUAAUAAAAAUGUCUUCGUUGCUUAAUUAUGCAGAGUGUCGAAACGAUUGAUUGUAAUUUCACUUUCAUCGAAAGUAAGUCAAAUAGUUCCGUUUAUAGCGAUGCACAAAUUCAUCUCAUAACACCGCAAGUUGGAUCAAAUAACAUUUUCCAUUGUCAUCAAUAUUUCGAAAAUGACUUUCAGUUUGUUUUUGUAAACAAAUCAUCACCAUUAAAUCUUGUCAAUCGACUGAACUCUCAUGAAAGUCAUGAACUACAGGAGCAAACAUGCAUCGCAACCAAAAGAUUCAUCACACCAAAGGCGUUAAACAGCAUAUACAAUGUCUUGACACCAGUUUUAAAUGACGCUUCCUUUGUUCAAAAAAUUCAGAUUACUGAGUGUCGAACACUUCGUGAACCUUGUCACGCACAAGUAGCUGUGUCAUCAAAUUAUCGACAUAUCUGUUGGCAAGAAUAUCUUAUAAUUAAGUUGAAAGCUGUAAGAUUUGGUGGAACAAUUUACGAAGAAGAUUUUUAUUACCCAUCGUAUUGUUCAUGUCGAUUAAUUCGAAAAGCAUAA